CCAGGAUCUCCCCAAAAACAACACAAAAUGGUCUACAAAGUUGCUGACAUCUCCUUGGCCGCCUUCGGUCGCAAGGAAAUCGAGAUCGCUGAGAAUGAGAUGCCCGGUCUCAUGUACCUCAGGCAAAAGUACAAGGAGGCCCAACCCUUGAAGGGUGCUCGCAUUGCUGGAUGUCUCCACAUGACCAUCCAAACAGCCGUCCUCAUCGAAACCCUCACCGCUCUCGGUGCUGAGGUUACCUGGUCUUCCUGCAACAUUUUCUCCACCCAAGAUCACGCUGCUGCCGCUAUCGCUGCUACCGGCGUCCCCGUCUUCGCAUGGAAGGGCGAGACUGAGGAGGAAUACACCUGGUGCAUUGAGCAGACCAUCGAAGGAUUUGCUGAUGGCAAGCCUUUGAACAUGAUCUUGGAUGAUGGAGGUGACUUGACCAACCUCGUCCACGAGAAGUACCCCCACUUGCUCCAGGGCAUCCGCGGUAUCUCUGAGGAGACCACCACUGGUGUCCACCACCUCUACAAGGCCUUCCGUGAGGGCCGCCUCAAGGUCCCCGCCAUCAACGUCAACGACUCUGUCACCAAGUCCAAGUUCGACAACUACUACGGCUGCCGUGAAUCUCUCGUCGACGGUAUCAAGCGUGCUACCGACGUCAUGCUUGCUGGCAAGGUCGCCGUCGUUGCUGGCUAUGGUGAUGUCGGCAAGGGAUGCGCCGAGUCCCUCAGGUCAUACGGUGCUCGUGUUCUCAUCACUGAGAUCGACCCCAUCAACGCCCUCCAGGCCGCCAUGGCUGGCUACGAAGUCACCACCAUGGAGGAUGCUGCUCCCCGUGCCAACGUCUUCGUGACCACCACUGGCAACAGGGAUAUCAUCACUGGCGAGCACUUCUCCGUCAUGCCCGAGGAUGCUAUCGUUUGCAACAUUGGUCACUUCGAUGUUGAAAUCGACGUCGCCUGGUUGAAGGCCAACGCCAAGGCUGUCGUUAACGUUAAGCCUCAGGUUGACCGCUUCACCAUGCCCAACGGCCGACACAUCAUCUUGUUGGCUGAGGGUCGUCUCGUCAACCUCGGCUGUGCCACUGGUCACCCCUCUUUCGUCAUGUCCUGCUCCUUCGCUAACCAGGUCUUGGCUCAAAUCGCCCUCUGGACCACCCCUGAGAAGUUCCCUCUCGGUGUACACAUGCUCCCCAAGGAGCUCGACGAGGAAGUCGCUCGUGCCCACUUGGCUCAGCUCAACGUCAAGUUGACUACGCUCUCGAAAGCUCAAUCCGAGUACCUCGAUAUCCCCGUCGAAGGCCCCUACAAGCCUUCCCACUACCGCUACUAA